UCUGGGUUCGCUGUCUUCGGCUAACUUGACAAGCAGACGAGGACUCGGUUCUAAAGAGAGAGCGAGGGUUCUGUUUGUGGAGCAUCCCGCUGGGUGCGCAGCGCUUCAUGGACGCCGUGAAAGAGGGUCAAAAGAGCUCCCUGAGCUCGGGGAAAAUGGUGGCCCUGGCCGCGGGGCUCUCUGUGGGGGCCACGGUGGGCUACAUUGUGUACCGACACAUCAGCAGCACCUACAACACAGGUGAGGGGCCCGAGGUUGAGUUAUCCAAGAUGUCACUUCCUGUAGAGGUGUACAGGAACAUAUCCAGAUAUCAAGCCACGUUUCUGGACAUGGUGACCCAGAAGUCUGGAGCUCAUGUCCGGGUUUUAUCAGAUGCGGGGGAGCCAGGAUGUAAGACGGCCGUGUGUUUCGUGCUGCAGGGCUCAAAGGAGCAAGUCCUGCUGGCCCGCUGCAUCCUGGAGAACCUGGUCACAGACUGCCAACCCAUGACCGAGGUUUUGGAGGUCCCUCAGACUGCAUUUGGACGUAUUAUAGGGCGUGGUGGAGAGAAUUUAAAACUGAUCACCAGGACAACGGGGGUCAAAGUGGCUUGUUCCAAAGAGAAGACACAGGGUCCUGGUGCAAAGGGCAGCGUCACAAUCACAGGGACCAGACAGGAAGUGACACAGGCCAAGGAGCUGAUUCUAGAAAAAGUCAGAGAGGACAUGAUGGUGAGGACAAAGAUCUCGCAGUCUUCUGCCCUGCGUCAGAAACGUGGACAGACGGCAGCGAAUCAGAGAGCAGACAGCACAGAGACAGAAGCACCGCUGGGCCUGAAUAACAACGGCCCCUACAGCCAGGCAGAGACGAAAGGGGAGAUCCACGCCAACGGAACCACGGGAGAACCAGAACGUAUUUUUAAUAAGGUGGAGGAGCUUAAAAUCACCAACACAUACAGCAAAGAAGAAGAAGAGGAGGAGAGUGUGUCUACAGACUCACUGUCUGAAAUCUCCAAGUUUGAAAUUCCCAGUCCUGACCUGAGCUUCCAGCCUGACGAACAUCUUGAAGUUUAUGUUUCUGCAUCAGAGAACCCAAACCACUUCUGGAUCCAGAUCCUAGGGGUCCGCUCCCUCCAGCUGGACAAACUGAUAGAAGAGAUGAACCGGUUCUACAACAGCGGCAGCCCCACUGAGCAGAGAGUUGAGACCAUGGUGGUGGGGGACAUCGUGGCCGCUCCAUACCGAGACCACGACUCAUGGAACAGGGCGAGGGUGCUGGGAGUCCUGGCCUCUGGACUGGUGGAUCUUUAUUAUGUUGACUUUGGGGACAAUGGGGAGCUGCCCAAAGAGAGCCUCCGCCGUAUGAGGAGUGACUUCCUUAGUUUACCAUUCCAGGCGAUUGAGUGCAACUUAGCAGGAGUGAGACCAAAAGGAGAAGUGUGGACUGAGGAAGCCCUGGAUGAGUUUGAGCAGUUGACACACUGUGCCUCCUGGAGACCCCUACAGGCCAAACUGUGUAGCUACUCUCACUCUGACAUCUCCUCCUGGCCCAGUGUCAAGCUCUAUGACAACAGCGAGGGCAAGACUGUAGAUAUCGGUGAGGAGCUCAUCAGGCUGGACCACGCUGUCAGCUUCCAGGAAUUGGUGAACGGCAAGAGUGAGGGGAACAAUCUGGGCUGCCUGCAGAGGAUGCUGGAUGAUGUGAUAGGAGCCUCCUCAGAGCUGAGUCUGUCCUGUAUCAGCUUAUCAGAAGCAGCCUCCAUCUCAGGAAGUGUUGACGACGUCUUAGAGGACGACCUGCUCUGAGACCAAAGACGUCCAUAAAUGUCGAGCACUGACCAUCCGUCCGCUCCUCAGCAUCAGCCCAGCUGGGAAUGAGGAGAGCGUUUUUCCUUGUCUGACCCAAACUUCCAACCGCAUAACUCCUCAUCAUGAAGCCUUACCUACCUGACAAACGUGCGACAGUUCUUCCAGAGAUAUAUAUUCACUUUACUGUUGUUACUCCAGCGCAGAAUCAAUUGUUCUGUUUUUUGCCUUCACGCUGUUCUGUUCCGUUCUGUUGUACCUGACGCUGCUUUGCUUUUGACGUGCCGUUACUACUGUUUUGUGUUUUAGAUAUGAAGUGAGGAACAAGGACAGAAUUGCCAGUAUUAUUAUUAUCAUUAUUAUUAUUAUUGAAAAGCACUGUGAUAUGAGUCAGUGGAACCAGAAAGCAAGCUGUCUUGUGGUUGACGAUGUCCAUUUUAUUUCUCGUCUCUCCACUUAUAUGUAUAUUAAGAUUUAAAGGUAUACUUUAAAAUACCGGGCUUCACCAGUUCUAUUUUGGACAUUAAAACGUACAGUAUUAUUGAAUGUGGUCCUCAGAGUGUGUUCAGUAUGAAAAUGUGCAUCUACUGGAUCAUUAUCUAAGGAUAGAAAAAGUUAGUUUAUCUUCAGGGGUGUAAUAGAUUGCACUUUACAGAUUUCAGGAAGUAUUCAGACCCCUUCACCUUUUCAUAUUUAUGUUAGUAAGUAUUUUUUAAAGUAUAUAGACAGUAUUUUUUCCUUUAUUAGUCUACAUGAGAUUCCUCAGAAUGACAAAGCAAAAAAAGAAUGUUGAUUUGUUUCAAAUGUUUUAAAGAGGAAAAAAUGAAAUUUCACAUUAAAAGCAUUCAGACUGCGAUCCUUUCUGCUCUGGACCAGAAUAUCUCACAACUUUGUUCCAUCUAGCUUUCCCCCCAACCCUGUCUCCUCCCUCCCCUUGUCCCUGCUGCUGAACCCCCCUCCUCCC